UGGGCUGUGCAGCGAUAGGAGGGGUCUCUGCUGAGUGUGCGCUGUUGGUCUCAGGCGGAGGAGCAGUGCAUUCUGGGAGCAGCACUCACAGCACUGAGGGAGCCUCCCUGUGAUCUACAGGGACUGGGUAAAGAUGUCUUCUACACCACCCCAUAACUUCUCCUGGGUGGAACCUGGGUUACUGGCGGGAAUGGCGUUGCCGCGGCUCCCUGCCCACUAUGAAUAUCUGUACGAGGUUGGCAUACGGCACCUGGUAACCCUGACCGAGCACAAACCACCCUACCAUGACACUUGCCCAGGCAUCAACCUCCAUCGCAUUCGUAUCGUAGACUUCUGUCCGCCCAGCCUGGAGCAGAUAAAGAGCUUCCUGAAGAUUGUGGACGAUGCGAAAGCUAAAGGAGAGGGAGUUGCUGUGCAUUGCCUGCACGGGUUCGGGAGGACCGGCACCAUGCUAGCUUGCUAUCUAGUAAAAGCCCGUGGAAUCACCGGAGUCGAUGCCAUAAACGAGAUCAGAAAGCUCCGACGGGGGUCCAUAGAGACCACAGAGCAGGAGAAAUCCGUCAUACAGUUUCACCACCACAUCAAAUGAAGACUGAAUGGAAAAGGACAUUCAGAACCCGAUGUGAUUCAAAAUGUA